UAGAUGCUGAGCGCAGGGAUCUAGUACGACACCGCAACGCGACCCUACGCAUCUCCAAGUGAUGGCCUCAUCAGCUGCGCAGCUGUGCUUGGGCUCCUGUCGCUGCCUCUAGGAACCAGGUCUGGGUGACGCCCCCCUCUACCAGUCCCCUACAACCUCAUCCCAAAAACAACACCAGCAAAACAAAUGUGACCAUGUACAGCGUGGAUGACCUGCUCAUCUCGCAUGGAUACAAACUGCCCCAAAAAACCUCUACCUCUACUCCUGCUGCCUCCCCCACACCCCCGUCCUCUUACGAUAACAAGCGUUACGGCGACCCGUCCUCCUGCCGCCAGGAGAUCUUAGAGACCCGGUCCGGUGGUGGUCAUGGAACAGUGAACGGGUAUGAGAUACAGUCUGGGCCAGGGGUCUAUGUGUAUAGCAACAGCACCAGCACCAGCAGGUGGCCCCAGCCACCGGCCCCAACCAAAGGUGGGAGGGACAGAAAUAGCCAACCACAGAGGAGGGAAGCGGACAGCGGUAACCAAGGUGACGCGCACUCCAUGGGCGAUUCUCUCACGACAGAUAGCGGGUUCUAUGAGGGGCCCAGAGGCGUGUAUUCUCAUCACAGGGGCCCCAGAGACUUGUCCUACUGGAGGAGGAGGGGCCAGGACUUCAGCAUCCUCCUGGACUACGCUGACUUCAGAGAGCCCCGAGGAGGUGGUACCUGUAGGAGGACAGAGGGGGUGCAGCAGCAGAAGAGACAGGAGGAGCCCCCGGAGGACUGCCAGCAGCGUGAGAAGCAGAGCUGGGCAGCCCAGUCCCAAGCUCAGGUCCAGGCCCGCUCCAGGCAGAGAGAGGCAGCACUGCAGCAGUGGAGGAUGACCGCCGUGGACAGGAAGUGUCAGAGCCUGGGCACGGACGAGUGGCGGCCCGCCGUGGUGAGCUUCUCCUGCCAGCUUUCAGACAGCGAGGGCGAGAGGUGGUCUCAGGCUCAGGAGCAGUAUCUGCAGCAGCGCCACCUCCGCACACCGGAUGGUGCUAUGGUUGUAAUGGGUCCCAGGAACAAAGGGAAGUCCCAGUCUCUGCCCAGGAUGCUGCAGCCGGACAGCCUGCAGUACGUGGAAAUGUCUGGGUCUAUUGGGUCUGUGCCUGGGCAGGACGUGCACAGGAGGGUCAACGGCCACCCAGGGUUUCAUUACGACCCUUACAGCAUAUAUAACCACAACCAGGCCGGGGUAGGGGACAGGGACAGGUGGCCUGAGAAUGACAACAGACCCUCCAGUCAGACUAGUAUGACUAGCCAGGUCAGCCAGGUGAGUCAGGCUUCUCAAGUACCAAAGGUCCGGCACAGCCGUCCCCUGCGACCUCCGUCCUACGAGGUGCAUCAGCAGACCCGGGGGAGCUCCGAAACGCUCUCAGGAGAGCCAGAAGCAGCAUCAAGCCCCCAGCCCCAGGCCAGGGACAGAACCCCCCUUCCUCAUCCCAGUAUAGGUGACCCCAGGCUGGACUAUUAUACACAGGAUGGAGGGCCUGGCACGGAGCCUCCGGGGUAUAUCCCUCCCCCAUCGUAUCCCCCCAAGAGAGCUCCUCGACCUAUGAGAGGAAGCCAUGGAGGUCACAGGGGCUAUGGAGAGGUCCCUGUCAACUACAGGUACCACCAGAUGUACCAGCAGAAGCAGCAGAUGCGUGGGACCCCAGACCCCUGGUUUGGUAGCAGGCACACCGGUGGAGGAGGGUCCGGGCCGGAGCCUCACAGAGAGAGGAGUGUACCCCACAGGAAGCAGCACUCCACUGGCUACAGUAAGCAGCAGCACCAGCCGGUCCUGGGUCCUGGCAUCCAGUACAUCCCCUUCGACGACCCACGCCUCCGACAUGUGUCCCGGGGAGGAAACUCGUCUCUAUGUGGCCGAGGUAACUCCAUGACGGACGCCGACAAGAUCCGCCACAUCCGUAACUCCACAUCCUCCGAGCUUCCCAGUGUCACCGUGUCAGACCACUCGUCUGAUGACAGUGCCUUUUUGUCGUCCGCUUCCACGGGGGCCCCACCGCCACUUGCCAGCGCGCCAGACCCGGCCAGUCCCAUGCCGCUGAGGUCUUCUAGCGACUAUGACAAUAACAAUAACAGGUGGCAGCAACAGCAGCAGCACUGUGAUUUGCACAAAGAGACUGGCUCACUAGAUAACUUCCCAGCAGCAACUUCCCAAAACUGUAACAGGUAUAAUCCUAAACCAAACCAAGGUGGUCCCUCUGCCUUCCAGCCACCAGCCCCUGCUCUGCCAGUGUGUCACAGCUCCAGCUCAGAUCAGGGCUUCUCAGAAACAACCAUCACACAGGUGAAGAAGAUAGUUCCAGGAGACUCAGGAGUAGACAACCUCAACAGGAACUCAAAGAGGAAGGCUCACAGUGAGACCAUAUUCUGCCUGGUGUCUGUCCCCAUCCACAUGCAACAAACCAAUAAAGACUCAGUCUCAGCAGCUGACCAGAACAAUAACGAGAAUAUGCCUGCCAGUCUGCCAAGUAUUCUGCCAAUCGUGAGCGUCAUCGCCACAGAAGACAACCAAAACACUGUGGUCCAAUCCAAAUCAGAGAACAGCCAAAGCCUCUGUAGCAAGUCGUUAUCAGACAUGGGUCUCAAACCCCCCUCCCACACCAGCAGCUUCACCUCAAUGAGAAGCACCAGGAAGGGUCCUCUGAGGAAGGAGAUAGUAGAUGCCUGGUCACUCCAGGCCAGUGCUGACAAGGAGCUGUGCUACGCCGGCUCCUGGCCCGGGGACCAGUACAGGAACCAAGAGACCCAGACCAGCUCACCCGUGGCAGUGAAGGGUCCUGGGGGUACUGGGGGGACAGGUCAGCCUCAGAGUCCCCCUGGAGGACAGGGACAGGGGGGGCAGGAGACAGGCCACCCAGCCUCCGAUACCACCAUGGACAGUGGUGCAGGCACCGACUGCAGCUCCGGCUCGUAUGGUGUGGACUAUCCCAUGAAGGGCCAGAAGAACCUCCACCUGUCCAGCAACAGCGCCUUCUCCUGUCUCAGUAUCAGCCCGGCCCAACCCCUGUCACUCCCACCCCAGCCUCCACCCCCUGUCCCUUGGGAGGGGAGAAACCAACAGACCUCCACAUCCAGGAAGACUGGUACUACCACCUCCAACACCACCAAACCCCCAGUCAGUGCCAAUGCUAACAUCCAGGGCCAGGUGGCAUUCGGCCAGUUCCUGCUGAAGCCGGUGAGCCGGCGGCCGUGGGACGCCAUUGAGGAGCUGGAGAGUUUCAACAAGGCUGCAGGCGUAGAUGUAGACCAGGUCCAGAAGAAAAUGAAGGUCCAGCCCAGGAGACCCAGUGUCGACCAGUGUAUAGACGACCUGGACGAGGUCUACAGGACCAUCAUGGAGCUGAGCGGAGAAGACACACAACAACAACAACAACAUCAGCACAUAGCCCCUCCACAUCUGGACCCUGAGAGGGAGACGGUUCGCCUUCCAGACCAGCACCUGAAUAACAAACCCAACAACAACAUCCCUACCAUCAUGCCAAGGCUAGACAGCUGGGGCCCUGGCUCUACCAUUGACCCAGACUACAGGGAGGUGAGGAGUGCUUUCUCCAGGCCUCAGCCCCAGAGCAGAACUAGCAUCCUCAGGCUGAAGAGAGAGGACAUGGCUCCCACUGCCACCCUAACAGAGUCCACUGGCUUCCGAGACUACAACUCCCACAAUGCUAAGGGUGACCCCAGGGUAACCUAUGACUCCAGAAUGACCUACAGGCAGGAGCUGGACAUCCCCGUCGCCAAGGAGUCUCUAUUGAGGGACGUGGGGCUCACCGUCUACACUGUCCCUGGAGGCACCAUAGAGCAGGGCCAGGAUUGUGGCCGCCCAUUCACACUGAUCACACCAUUAGACCACAAUGAACUAUGCCAGAAUGUACAGCUAUCAAGGGAGAACAGAGACAGAGACUUUUUUGCCAAGAACAACCAGGUUGAGGUUGUGCACAUCAGUGAUGGCACUAAUAAGGAAGAGCUUGGCUCCGCCAAAGUAGUGGAGGGAGGGAGGAAGGUAAAGAAGGAUAACGUGCCCAUCGUGCCACCCAGAUUUAGGGGGCAUGAGCCCAAUCUGAACAUCCGCAGGGCCCGGAGUGAGAACAGCAGGUCGCCCAGAGGUGAAGGGUCUCAGGGGACACCACACACCGGCAGAUUGACUAGGGAGGCAGCGUUUGCAUUUGAGGAUGACGUCUACAGAUACAGCGUCAGCUCCGAUCCUCUGAGUUGGCGUAACGAGGCUACGUUGGCAGAUAUACACCUGGAGACCCUGCUGAUCAAGGAGAAAGCAAACACCAUGCCCACAGAGGACCUGAGUAAUCUAUAUGAGGUGAAGUGUGCCAAGGGGAUCCCUGAGAAUGAGACAAUGGAGCAGAGAGCAGCCAGGAUAUUGGGGAUAGACGUAGCCCUGGAUUCACUGCGGGGGAUGGUCCAGGAGAGAGAGGAGGAGCAGAGAGAGGAGGAGGAGUCACUGCAGGGGGUUGUAGAGGAGAGAGAGGAUGAGGUGUCACCACAGGGGGCUGUCAAGGUGAGAGAGGAGGACAGGCAGUACAGAGAGAAUGAGGGAGAAACUGUCAUAAGUGAAACACAGGAGCACAGAGACAACACAGAGACUGAGAGAGAGGCCCAGGAACUCAGUCCAGAAGGAGCACAUGCUGUGGAAUCACUAGGCGGGGUCGAACAGAAAGUGGAGGAGCACAGAGACAACCCAGAGAAUGAGGACGAAACUCUAAUAGGAGAAACACUGAAGCAAAGUCCAGAUGAAGACGGAGAUAAAAAGCAUGUGAGAAGAGAGUACGAGCAAGUGAUGAAGGUACAGGUAUCCGUGGUUACCUUGGAAGAGGAGACGAUAGAAGAAGAGGAGGAGACGAGAGGAGGACCCAGUAAGGAUGACAGCUUAUCAGUAUGUGAGGACAAACAUUAUGGAGGAGACAGAGAGAGAUUAAGCCACCCCUCCAUGGUGCUGGACCUGCCAGAGUUCCCCCCUAGCAGCCUCCCCUUGUCUCUGCCUGUGACCCCAGACGAGGAGCUGGCCCUUAGCUUGCUGAGUGUGGGUGGAGGAGGGGAGAGGAAGGGGCACACUGGUCGGGCCUCCCCCAGGCUCUCAUCCUCGAAGUCACAAGGCUGCACAGAGAGUAUGGUCCACUUGGAUGAGGUGUUCUCAGUCUCCUGCGUACUUAUCAGCAGUUUAGACUCAGGAGAGCCAGAGCAGGAGACAGAUACAGAGGUAGUGGUAGUAGUACAGGUAGAGGCUGAGCAGGAGAAAGAUAAGGGGAUGAGCCAGGGAGAGAGAGAAGAGAUGGAAGAGGAAAAGUUGAGGAUAGAGUCAGAGCCGGAGGGGAACGAGAUAGACAGGGCAGACAAGAGAGAAGAUGAGAGGAUAGUGUCGGGAGAGGAGAAAGAACUGGAGGAGGAGGAGUUGAAAAUAGAGGAGAAAGAGCGAGAGUUGACAAUCAAGGUGGAGAGAGAGCUAAAGGUGAGAAUGGAGGAGGAGAAAAGUGGGAGUCAGCAGGAAGAGGAAAGAGAAGUGCAGGAGGGGGAGAAAGAACCAGAGGGGGAGGAUAAUACAGAGAGGCAAGUGGAGGAGGAAGAGAAAGAGCCAGAGGUGAAAAGAGAGGAGGAGAGGAGUGAAGAGUCAGAUGACGAACAGCAACAGGAGGUUCGGCCAGAGCCGGUGUCCAGGCCAGUGAAACCUCCUCUCCUCCCCAAGCCUGUCCCCAUGCCUCGCAGCGGCACAGUGGCCAAAAGAGAGAUCACCCUUCCCCUGAGCUUCAGUGUCUCUUCCUGUGGCUCCUCUACAACCCUAGAGGAGGACGAGCUGCUCCUAGACUCCUAUGAUCCUAGUCGAGUGGAGAGAGUGUAGCCUCUGACCUCUAUGAAUACCUUCGACAUCUGGGGGGGAUCGGCUUUGAUCACCGCUCCGUCCGUCCUCCCAUCCGUCCGUCAACUUUCCAGUCAAUGCCUUGGUUAAUGCCUAUAUAGUUUGUUUGAGCUCUAUGGGGACUGGUUAAAAGUACUGCACUAUAUAGGGAAUAAGGACGAAACUUAAUCUCACUCAAUGACCCCCCCAACCACUGUGCCCCCUUUUCACCAAUACAAGCAUUGUUUAAGCAACAGCAACAGUCCUGACUCUAACCUGGUGCUCCAAUGGACCUUCCGACUGCCAAACAAGACAAUUACUGGGACCCAUCUGUCCUUCAUCCUUCUACUCACACUCCUCAUCCUCCUCUUCACCAUCUUCCUCUCCUUCCAGACGCUUCCAGUCAUGAGCCAACCACUGUUGCUUAACGGGGUUGAUUUUCCUACCCUGUCCUGUCUGGCAUUUUUUUGUGUUGUUUGUGCAUCCCAAAUGGCACCUUUAUAGUGUACUACUUUUGACUAGGGCCCCGGUCAAAUGUAGUACACUGUAUAGGGAAUAGGGUGCCCUUUGGAAUGCGGGUUUGGUUUUCUUGGAAUUGCAUGUCUGCCAUCGACUGUCUCCCAAUACAACAGCACUGUGGUUCCUAUGAAUGUAAAGAAGUGCUUAUGCUUCUCAAACACAAACAAAGGCUUUAAGACCAAACCACAAUAAGACAAAUGCCUCGCGUUACAAUCAGUGUUACCUAUGUACACCAAAUGUAAAUAAGAAUUAUGGAGGUUUAAGGUUUUGUUCCAACAGACUUUUGUGAUGUUUGUUGCUGAAAAACUGUAUAUUUUCUUACCUGUGUUAAAACUUACACUGAGUAUACAAAACAUUAAGAACAACUACACUUUCCAUGACAGACUGACCAGGUGAAUCCAGGUGAAAGUUAUGAUCCCUUAUUGAUGGCACUUGUUAAGUCCACUUCAAUUAGAGGAGAUGAUGGGGAGGAGAAUGGUUAAAGAAGGAUGUUUCAGCCUUGAGACAAUUGAGACAUGGAAUGUAUACCAUUCCGAAGGUGAAUGGGCGAGACAAAACAUUUAAGUGCCUUUGAACGGGGUAUGGCAGUACAUGCCAGGCUCACCAGUUUGCGUCAAGAACUGCAACGCUGCUGGGUUUUUCACACGCAACAGAACGAUCCACCACCCAAAGGAGAUCCAGCCAACUUGACACAACUGUGGGAAGCAUUGGAGUCAACAUGGGCCAGCAUCCCUUUGGAACACUUUCAACACCUUAUAUAGUCCAUGCCCUGAUGAAUUGAGGCUGUUCUGAGGGCAAAAGGGGGUGCAACUCAAUAUUAGGAAGGUGUUCCUAAUGUUUGGUAUACUCUGUGUAUAUGUUGAAGAAGAAUCUGAUUUUGAAGCUUUACUCUUGAGAUGUUAUUGCCAAUUGAUACUUCUCUCCUGUUCUCUACACUUGUGUGUUUGUGGCUUGGCCGUGAGGCCUGAGAAUGUACUUAUAUGUCAGGCUGGAUCAGAUUGAUUGUUUUUGCUGUUUUGUCAACUCCUAUAUGGAAAUUGCCGCGACAGUUGGUGUGACAGCAAAACAGAUCUGGGGCCAGAAGUUUACAUACACCUUAGCCAAAUACAUUUAAACUCAGUUUUUCACAAUUCCUGACAUUCAAUCCUAGUAAAAAUUCCAUGUCUUAAGUCAGUUAGGAUCAACACUUUAUUUUAAG